AUGGUAGCUUCAAUGGAGUUGGCUAAGCAAGAAGGAACAGAUCUUGUGGAGCUUUGCAUUGGAUCCUUGUCUUUCUCCAACAUUUCAGAGAUUGAACAACUUCUAAAACAUAGGCUUUUACCUUCAAUUGUCUCCUUCAGAAUAUGUGCAUUUGUAAAGUUGAGAGAACUUGUUCGUUCUGAUUCCAACUUCACGCUUCAAUGGCUUGUAUCUGUAAGAGGAACACCUCAAAUAUGUGCAUUUGUAAAGUUGAGAGAACUUGUUCGUUCUGAUUCCAACUUCACGCUUCAAUGGCUUGUAUCUCCUUCCGCUGCGAUCAAAACAUGUCUUUUUGAUCUUUUGGGCCAUAAGGAUUAUGUCCGGUGUGGUGGUGAUAUGUUCGCGUCAGGAUCAUACGACCACAAGGUGGUAAUUUUGUGA